ACUCAUAUCUGUUAUCGGUAACAAUGAUUUAGGAAAUAAGAAACAGAAGUGUUACAUAUCAGUAUAGUAUACAUAUAUGUGCAUGAUGGGAUGAAAGACUAUUUUUUGCAGCUGGUUUAUUUAUUUUUCCUGCAUUUAUGAUUAAAAGAUUUUGAGUUAGUGUUACCUAUGGUGCUAAAGUGAAUGAAUAUGUCUCGUAAAUAUAAUACGUAUGUCAAUGGUUGAAUCCGAGUGGAGGGAUUGUCCUUGUAAAGAUGUGUGCUACAACGGCAAUGUAUUAUUGCGGGAGAUAACAGUUACUACUGUCAAAUUCGAUAUUUCGUGGUACGCUGUAAACAGAAAGGAAGACUACAAUGUCCCGUUGGGAUAAGGUAUCUGUAUUUUGUUGCGAAUAGAACAACAGCUUCUCUACGUGUAAGAGUCGGGCGUUUGUAAUCGGAGGAUAACCUACGAAUCGCUGGCUGGGAAAAAGAACACUUGCCGUUACUGAGACUCAGUCAAGUUUCUUGCUCUUUGCCAGAAUGGCGUGCUUAUUAUUGAAUCAGGACGACGUGCAAGUCAAAAUUCCGUCUGUGGAGACUGUCGAUAAUGUUACAUAUUAUAAUAUCGAGGUUAGGAUAGCAGCUGUUAAGUGGACAGUAAAGCACAGAUACAACGAAUUUGCUGAACUUCAUGAAAUACUUGUCUCCGAACAUUGUGUUGAAAAAGACAUAUUGCCACCAAAGAAACUCAUUGGGAACAAGAGUGAGAUAUUUGUGGAAAAGAGACGCAUUGGGCUGGAAUCAUAUCUCAACGCAGUCUAUCAAUACCUAAAGAAAGCCAUGCCCAGAGAGUUUGCGCUGUUCCUUGAUUUUCAUAUGUACGAUAUUUUCUUUCUGCUCCAAAAUAUGGCUCAACAGUUCUUUGCCGAAGGGGAUUCAUUACUACAAACUUCUCAAAGCUAUACGUUUAAUCCAGUCCAGUUACAUGCAGUCAGUGAGAGAUUAAAGCAGCCCUGUCCUCCGUUGGAAGUAGUGGAUAAAAAAUUUGAUUUUAGCCAUGUUUUAGACUUCAAUUCCCACUUGAAUACACUUAUAAUUCAAAGUAGUAGUGAUCCAUAUGGUACAAGUAACAUAUACCCAUCAUCGCUCCCACUUGAAUUGUCAACAUUUAAGAAUGUGGAAAAUUUAACAGUCGACUCUUAUCCGAUGGAUAAGAUCUACAACAUGGGAAAUUUGCGAGACACGGUAAAAGUUUUAAAAGUUCACAACACAAAUCUUAAGAAUAUAGUUGAUCUAGCAAUGUGUGAAGAGGUGCACAAACACAUAACUAAUGCCAAUGAUUCUCAUCUCUGGCUUCAAGUUACGCAUCUGGAUUUGAGUAAUAACGCAAUAGAGACAAUAGACGAAGCAAUCCGUCUCCUACCGCAUAUCGAAUCCUUGACACUGAACGAUAAUGUCCUCACUGAAAUUUCAAACGUGACACUUUUACCACGUCUCUCACAGCUUCAUCUGGCGUCUAAUAAUUUUACAAUCCUACCUAACGAUCUUCAUACAAAAUUAGGCAACAUAGUUUUCAUAGACUUCUCCCAGAACAAACUUACCACACUUGCGGCCUUCUCCAAGCUUUACUCCCUGGAGGGACUCGACGUGAGUUGCAACCGUAUCGAGGACAUCGAGGAAGUUAAAAAUAUCGGCGGUCUGCCGUGUCUGGAGAAUCUAAGACUAACCGGGAAUCCAGUGUCUACCAUAGUCGAUUACAGGGUGAAGGUCCUGGAACCGUUUGGCAAGAGGGCCGUUGAAAUAUGUUUGGACAACGAAAAACCGAAUCAAAAGGAACUGGACACAGUUUCAGUAUUGCAGGCAUUACGAAUAGCGCGAGAGGGUAAAUCGCCAACGUUUACGGCAGCGGAUGCGCCAUUGUUCUCAGCGGAAAUACCGAGUAUCUAGAGAUCCCGGAAAUUCGUUUAACAAAAUAAAGAAAGAAUCUACAUGAAUGAAGAUACGCUGCCAGUGCACUUACAAUUUUUGUAUUAAGAAAAUGGCUGAUAUAAUGAGGACAACGAUGCCAGUCUUUCAUUCGUCGAGACAUAUGUUUCCUAAGAAUAUUAAUGUUUCCAGUAUCCAAAGGACUGUCGUAUUUCUUUUUCUCGAUAACUUGGGCGCGUACCGGUGCUCUAACUGUCAUUAUCUUAUGAUAGCGAUAUCCUAAUCAAUAUAAGCGUAUACCAAAACAGUAAUAUGUAGCCCCACGCGUAAAAUCUAUUUUUUUUUCAUUUUGGUAAAUUUUUGUUAUGUAUCGUGAGUCGGAACGCAAAAGAUACAAGAACAUUGAAACGAAUACACGGAAGAACAAAUAAGAAAUAAGGCAUGCCGGUACAGUGGACAAUAUUUGUAUGCGUAUAGAAUUUUUUAAAGGUGCGAUCCUUUUGUAAAAGGAAAGCAGAACGGCGAAUGAAUUUUAUAUGUAAGUAACUAAUAAGACUAUUAAUCUGUAUAUAAGAUAACAAACUAUUUUGUUAAUAAAGUAAUAAAUCUGUGAUAA